CAUAGUCAAGAUUUCUAGAAUGGACUACACACAUUAAAUUAACAUGGGCAUACCAUAUAUUUAUACUGCCAACAGUUAUUUCAUAUUUAACAAAGAAACGUUUCUGCCAAACCAGUAUUCCGAAAACGAAUCGCAAAACACCACAACGAAAGAUGCCAAAGAGGCCGAUUGUACAUUUAUUUUAGCUCUGUGAGGAGACCGCUGUCGUCUUGUCUAAUAAAUCCACGGACUUGUUGACAAUUUUUAAGUUCAUAAUUUCUGACGUUAAUAAUAGUAAUAUCUUUUCAAUAACUUGGAAGAAGACACUUUAAGACAGACGAGGAAUCCUUUCAGUCUGAAAGAAUUCAGUCAAAUUACAACAUGAACAACAUUAACAUCCCGAACGGUGGAGCAGGUGGAGGAUUGAAAUCUGCAGGGGACGGCAAUGUUGGGACUCCCGAGAACGGUCAGGAACCACCAAAAAGGCCGGCGCCGAUUGUGAUUACUGAAGUGACGACCACUCGGACAAUUACGAUUAAUGAAGACGCAGACCUGUCCGAUCCAACCGUUGCUGCUCUGGUAGCACAAUUUAAGGCUAGCAAGCCGUUGUCAUCUCCUGGGGCAAUGAAUUCUGGGGGGAGUGGAAAUGUCCCAAGUGCGGCUUAUCAGGAAAUGGGUGGGGCUCAUGGAGGGCCUCCUGCAGGUUGGAUUCCUGAUAUUGGGGGGUAUUUUGUCCCUCCCCGGAUGUCCAACUAUGACGCAGCUAACAAGCAUGCCAGUGAACGUAAUGUCGAUUACAUUUCCGAAGAUGACGACGAUGAGGAAAAACGCCGCCGAAGGGACCAGUUCUGGCAGGCCUCGGAUCUUGAGCAUGGCGACAAUUCAAAGGGUCGUCGACGACAUCGUUCAUCAUCACGAGGUGAACGAAGAAGAUCACUCUCUCCUAGCCUGAGACCUGCAUCACGAUCAAAAUCUCCUCCCACUGGCAAUAAAUCGAAAUCGGGCGGUAUUUUGGCCCCGCUUGGCUCAUUUUCUGAAGUCGAUGCUACUUCCGAAGUAGGAAAAAUGCUUACGGCCUACGCUGAGAACAGCAUCUAUAUGAAACCCGGAUCUCGAAUGAAGGUGAGGAUCCACACAAUUCUAAAAAAGAAGGAUGGAGGUCGCUUGUCCAGAUUUUUGUCAGGUGGAGGAGAAGGAAGUGGACGUGGAAAAGGAGGAGGACGUGGUGGAAGGAGGAGCAGAUCCAGGUCGAAAUCACCAACAUCUUCUGGACGCGGACGAGGGGGUUCAUGGUCAUCCAAGAAGGGGGGUCAUGGCCAUCAUGAGCAUGGACGAAAGUCAUCUGGACGGGGGGAACGAGGAGACGAGUUUACAAUGCUCCUCUGGACUAAGACUUCGCCAGAAUCCGUACGACGCUUGGCAUCCGGGAGAGAUGGUUGUUUCGCUUUCUAUGACAGAUUUUCUCGAGCGUUGCCGCUGCCCAUGGACAAGAUGAAAGAAAAUUUGAGACAAAUUUUCAUACUGUGCAAGGUGAAUCUCGGCAGGAAAUACAAGUCUCCACAUGGAUAUCCAACUUGGGGUAAGGUCUCUCAUCCACCACGAGGUUCAGGCUGUGACUCUGUCCAGGCUGUCGGCAAGUACAAGCCAAACUGGAAAAAGAAUGUGCAGUACAAAUCGACAAUUGUACCUCUCGGAGAAUCAGAAAAAUCCACCCGUUUUCCAACCUUUGAGGUGGACUACAACGAGUACUUCGUCUUCAAGGCUGAUCAAAUCAAAGUUAAAUAUGCGAUUGAUGUUGAGUUCCUUGUUCCUGAGAAGAAGGAUUAGAGCACGAGAAAAAUUGGAUUCCAAAAUGACAAUUCAUUGACAUUUUUUUAUAAUCAUUUAUUGUAAAGAAAAUAAAUGAAGUAAUAAUAAUAUAAAUAAUACAGAAUCAGUA